AUGUACACUGGUCAGCUCAAAGACUCAAUAGAAAGUGGCAAUGACCCGCCAAGCAGUCAAAGAUCACCUGAAAGUUGUAACUUAAAGUACAAAUGGUUUGUCUUUCUGAGUCCAGCGUCUCACACUAAAGACAUAGACUUGUUUCCAACGCUUGUGACUGUCACGGAAGAAAUUGAUAAUUUUAUUGAUGACACUAAUAACAUUAAGUACUUCCGAGACAUCAAUGACAACAACAUUAACUCUGUGAGAUGGGCAGACCUAAAUGAUCUUGUUGACCUGAAUGACCUAAAUGACCUGAAUCAUCUGAAUGAUCUGAAUGACCUAAAUGAUCUGAAUGAUCUGGAUGACCGGAAUUAUCUAAAUGAUCUGUAUGAUUUAAAUGACCUGAAUGAUUUGAAGGACCUGAAUGACUUGAAUGAUCAGGAUGACCUAAACGACUUGAAUGAUCUGAACGACCUGAAUGACCUAAAUGAUCUUGUUGACCUGAAUGACCUAAAUGACCUGAAUGAUCUGAAUGACCUGAAUGAUCUUGAUGACCUGAACGAUCUGAAUGAUCUGGAUGACCUGAAUGAUCUAAAUGAUCUGAAUGAUCUGAAUGACCUGAAUGAUCUUGAUGCACCAGACAGUGAUCGGAAUGAUCUGGAUGACCUGAAUGAUCUGAAUGAUCUGAAUGACCUGAAUGAUCUGAAUGACCUGAAUGAUCUGAAUGACCUGAUGAUCUGA